ACUCUACAAAAUAUAAAUACCUACGCCGCAAAAGCAAUUUCAUCGGCGAAAGCAAAUAAAUUUAUUGAUUCACACUGUAGUUUAUUAUUCAAAUUUAUAACAAAAGAUAUUGGUAAAUUCGAUUUCAGAAUAAUACGCAAUAAUGAAUGCCGUCUAUUCCGAUGAUUCCAGCAGUUCUGACGAAAAUGAUUCAGAUGUGCAAAACUUCAUACAAGAAACCAAUUUAGAUCAGAGUAUGGAAGAUGAUUCAACACUUCCUCCUACGAAUAGUACAUUUGAUCUAACGUUACCUGCAACGCAUUCGUAUUUGGGAAAUAACUUGGAAGAUGUGAGGGGACGGACCAUUUUGGAUGAUGGGAUAUAUAUGAAUCUACCAUUGCUGGUUAAACAAUCUGUGGUAUUGUUUCCUGGUCAAACUUUGCCAAUGACCGUACGUGCAACACAAACUAUAGACAUGCUCCAAAAGUGUAUAGAAAAAAACCGAACAUUUGGCGUUGUUUGUUUGGGCAAUGAAGGAAUGCUUCCUAUAGGAACAACUGCUGAAAUUUUCCAAUACAAACAUGACGAACAAUCACCGGGGUUUCGAGUAAAGGCAAAAGGAAGACAGCGGUUUAAAAUAUUGCAUGUCAUUCAGGGCUAUGAUAAAAUAUCUGCUAAUGUCAAAAUACUCCCAGAAAUAUCGCUUCGGCCACCAUUAUUUGACGAGCGGUUAUUAAGCCUAGACCGACUUAGAAUCACACCAAGUAAUAAACAAGAGGCUAUGAGGCAACAGAACAUAGAGAGGCACGAUGCAAUUUUAAGCCACUGGCCAUCGUGGGUUUAUCGACAGUAUGAUUCUAAACGGCUCUCCAUUAGAAUCAGGCACCAUUUACAAUAUAUUGAAAUGCAGGGCAGCAAUAUCCCAGAAGAUCCAACAGAAUUAUCAUUUUGGGUUGCUCAAAAUUUACUGCUGGAUGAUAAGGAAAGAAUCGUUUUACUGACCUAUGAUUGUGCCAUUCCCAGGUUACGGUGGGAGCUGGAAUACCUUGUCAAGGAUCGUCUUCUUACAUGUAGUAGUUGUGAUGAUUUCAUUGGGAAACAAUCUGACGUAUUUCCUAUGAAUAAAGAAGGGCCACAAAGUGCUUAUUGUAAUCCAGCUGGAAUAAUUCAUGAAACAGUCACCCUUUAUAAAGCCCAAGGUUUGAUACUCAAUGAUGAAGUUCCACAAACAGAGUACAGUUGGUUUCCAGGAUAUGCUUGGACAAUCGCAUUGUGCAAAGGAUGUCAUGGACACAUGGGGUGGAAAUUCACAGCGGUUCACAGUGAUCUAAGGCCUCAGGCAUUUUGGGGCCUAACACGAAAAAGUCUGCGGUCAAAAGAAGUUUGUAAGUGUAGACUUGCUUCGGAGUUUAGUGACUCGGACGAUGAAACUUCCUAACUGUAUGUAACCAACAUUUAAGAAAUAUCACAUGAAACAAUUUUUGAAAUAUACGUUAAUAACUGCCAA